AGCAGUAAAAACUAUGGAGUCAGUGACUAUAAUUAGGGAUUAUAUCUGCUAUUGAGUGACGUUUUCGUCUCAGAAAACGCACGGUAGUAAAACUUUUGCAAUAAAUGGACGAUUUGUGUGUUUGUUAGGAGAGUGGAGCAUCGCAGCCUCGCGUGAUGGUGUCUGCAGCCGCAGCAACACGGCCAGUCGUCAGCAUGAAGACUAACAGAACGUACAAACUAGUGCUCCACAAGAAAGGCUUUGGGGGGAGUGAUGACGAGCUGAUGGUGAACCCCAAAGUUUUCCCUCAAGUAUCCAUUGGUGACAUUGUUGAAAUUGCGCACCCAAAUGAUGAAUACAGUCCCCUCCUUCUGCAGGUAAGGAGCCUGAAAGAAGACCUUCAGAAAGAGACGAUAAGUGUGGAUCAGACUGUUGCUCAAGCGUUCAAGCUGCGAGCCUAUCAGGAUGUUUAUGUUAACAUCGUAGAUCCUAAGGAUGUUACUCUGGACCUUGUGGAGCUCACCUUCAAAGAUCAGUACAUUGGAAGAGGAGACAUGUGGAGACUGAAGAAGAGUCUGGUGGGCACAUGUGCCUAUGUAACUCAGAAAGUAGAGUUUGCUGGAAUCAGAGCACAAGCUACUGAAUUGUGGGUAAAAGGAGAGAAGGUAACCUGUGGGUAUAUCAGUGAAGACACCAGGGUGGUAUUUCGCUCUGCCUCAGCAAUGGUGUACAUCUUUAUUCAAAUGAGCUGUGAAAUGUGGGACUUUGAUAUCUAUGGUGACUUGUACUUCGAGAAGGCAGUCAACGGUUUCCUGUCAGACCUCUUUGCCAAAUGGAAGGAGAAGAACUGUAGCCAUGAGGUGACGGUGGUGCUUUUCUCCCGCACGUUCUACAAUGCCAAAACCAUUGAUGACUUUCCAGAAAUCCUUAGAGGUUCUAUCAGGCAAGAUCACGAGGGCCGUUUCUAUGAGGAUUUUUACAGGGUGGUGGCACAGAAUGAGAGACGAGAGGAGUGGACAUCCCUGCUGAUCACCAUCAAGAAGCUCUUCAUCCAGUAUCCUGUGCUUGUCCGUUUAAAAGGAACAGAUGGAUUUCCUAGUGGAUACAACUCCACUGCAGUUCAGGGAAACUAUCUAGAGGCCAUCAACCUGUCAUUUAACGUAUUUGACAAGCACUACAUCAACCGCAAUUUUGACCGUACGGGCCAGAUGACAGUGGUCAUCACCCCAGGAGUGGGUGUGUUUGAGGUGGACCGUCUGCUCAUGAUCCUCACCAAGCAACGCAUGAUCGACAAUGGCAUUGGUGUUGACCUGGUGUGUAUGGGGGAGCAGCCUCUCCAUGCUGUCCCUCUUUUCAAGCUUCACAACCGCACUGUGCCGGGAGACUCCAGACUAGGGGAUGACUACAACUUACCCCACUGGAUCAACCACAGCUUUUAUACAUCCAAAAGCCAGAGCUCCUGCAACUGCUUCACACCACGUAUCAAACUGGCAGGCCGCAAGGUGCAGAAUGAAAAAAUGCGGAGCAGCAAAGACCACAGUCUGGGAACACCAAAGGACUCUGAGAACAGUUUACCUAUCCAGGUGGACUACGAUGCAUAUGAUGCCCAAGUGUUCAGGCUGCCUGGGCCAAGCCGAACCCAAAGGAGCACCAACUUACGAGCGGUGCGGGAGAGGGAAGCUAGUGUGCGGAAGAGUUGGGGCUCGAUGGAUGUAAGUGGGGGAGGCGGGGGGUCCCCACCUGCACGGGCUCCUGCUGGCCCAGAGGAGCAGCGGAGCCUGGCCUCUGAUGAUAGUCUGGGACGUGUCUCCAACAUACUGCUGAUCCCCCGCCUGCCCCUGGCCCAGUAUGAGGUCAGCAGCUCGCUGGGUUACACCAGCACCAGAGAGCUGCUGGAGAAGAUGAUGGAUUCCCAGCGGGACUUGAGUGCGCCUGGACGCUUCACUGUGGGCAGCGCCGAGUCCACAUUGCACGUGCGUCCUGGUGGCUACACUCCACAGAGGGCACUAAUCAACCCAUUUGCCCCCUCCCGCAUGCCCAUGAAGCUCACGUCCAACCGCCGUCGAUGGAUGCACACCUUUCCAAUUGGCCCAUCUGGAGAGCCCAUCCAGAUCCAUCACCAGACACGGCAGAACAUGGCUGAGCUACAGGGGAGUGAGCAAAGGGACCCUGCCCAUACCUCUGCAGAGCUGUUGGAGCUUGCCUAUCAUGAGGCUACUGGCAGGAGGACGGCAACUCGCCUGGUGGGAGAGAGCGGAUUCUAUACAGGUGUGGGCACAGAUGACCUCACAGGAAGUCCCGCCAGCAGCAACAGCACAGAAACUCCUAUCAACCGCGGCUCAUCAUUUGAAGACUCCUCUUCUAACUGUCCUGAACCAAGUGGGGGGGUUCACCAUGAAGCCCUGCUGCUAUCUGCACCCCCAACAGUGCCCAGCUUCUGCUGCACGGUGGGGGUGGACUGGAAGUCGCUGACCACACCAGCUUGCCUGCCCCUCACCACCGACUACUUCCCUGACCGGCAGGCGUUGCAAAAUGACUACACAGAGGGCUGCUAUGACCUGCUGCCCCACACUGACAUGGACAGGCGGGAUGAUGAUGCUCCAGUCAUGACCGCCCCCCAGGUUUUUGAAGAGUUCAUAAGUCAACGUUUGAUGCAAGGCUACCAGAUCAUUGUCCAAGCCAGUGUCAGGAAGCCUGCCCCCACAAUGGUCCCGCCUCUCAGCAGCAGCCCUCUCUACUCCAGAGGUCUGGUUUCCCGUCGGAGGCCAGAGGAUGAAGAGAGUGUGUAUUGGCUCAGCAUGGGCCGGACGUUCCACAAGGUCUGCCUGAAGGACAAGAUCAUCACUGUCACCCGCUACCUGCCCAAGUACCCCUACGAGUCGGCCCAGAUCCAGUACAGCUACAGCCUGUGCCCCCCAAACCUGGAUGCCCAGUUCAUGUCAUGCUGGGUAGAGUUCAGCCACGAGCGCCUUGAGGAGUACAAGUGGAACUAUCUCGACCAGUACAUCUGCUCAGCUGGCUCUGAGGACUUCAGCCUGAUUGACUCGCUCAAGUUCUGGCGCACGCGAUUCCUUCUGCUGCCAGCGGGGGGCACUCGGCGAGCAGCAGAAGCGGAAGGCCGCUGGGAUAUGUAUGGGGAGGGGCCCGGGGUGAGCCGCGAGGGCAUUAUUGGGGCAGGGGACUGGGCUCUGCUGGACGGCUUCAUACGCUUCCUGGAAGGCCUUAACCGCAUCCGCAGACGGCACCGUUCAGACCGCAUCAUCCGGAAAGGAGCUGCAAUUAAGGGGCUUCAGGUAACGGGACCCCUUUCCGCUUAUCCCCUUGAGCCCACAGCGCCCCCAAUGGGCAAGAAGGGUACCUCGGCCCUGUCCGCCCUGCUAGAGAUGGAUGCCAAUCAGAAGAGCUUGGAAGAGCAGCAGGCCACACUUCACGCUGGCAAGGCCUCAGUCCCCUUUAGUGAUUCUGCAUCUGUAUCCAUGGCAACAACCUAUGUAGACAGCCCACGGAAGGACUCGGCCUUCUUUUUGGACUUUGUUCGUAGUCCCCGCUCCUCCUACAUCUGUCACUCUCAGAUGGCAGUUGACCAGGCAGUGGCCAGUGCUUUGGACAGUGGGACAACUGACAAGGGGGUCUUCCAGGCAGGGGACCGUAUUGCUGCUGGGGGUCCCGCCCAUCUUGCUGGCAGCAUUGCAGCACAGGCUCUUGGGGAGGUGGGACCAAGUUCAGGUGCCACCACAGAGACCAGUGGGCAGUCUGGCACGGGAGUUUUAAGUCUAUCAUCCUCCUCAACGUUGAUGGAUAUCCUGGAGGCCAUCAAGCACCCCACGACUGGUGUGCAACUCCUACCUGAGCAGAAGGGUCUGCCACCUCACUGUUUCAUCAGCGCCGAGGUUGUCCAUUGGCUGGUCAAUAAUGUGGAGGGUGUGGCCACACAAGGCAUGGCUGUAGACAUAAUGCAGAAGAUGCUGGAUGAGGGUCAAAUAGCUCACGCAUCAGGCGAGGCCAUGCGCAUCUUUGUCUAUGGCUUCUACUUCUACAGGAUCACAGCUGACAGAGACACAGACCGUGGCCCAUCCAGUCAGCUGCCCACUGCAGCGGGUGGAGGCUGGUCAACGGCUGCCCUAGAGGACUUCACUCUGUUUCAACGGAAGUGGUUUGAGGUGGCUGUGGUGCUGGAAGAGCGGAGACCCUGCGAUCUGCCUGCCUUCCUGCUGCCCUGGCUGCCUAGCCGGCCCGCCUCCUACGCAAGUAGGCACAGCUCCUUCAGCCGCAGCUUCGGGGGACGCAGCCAGGCUGCCGCACUGCUAGCUGCCACCGUACCAGAACAGAAGACAGUCACGCUGGACGUGGACGUGAACAACCGCAGUGAUCGCACGGAGUGGUGCAGCUGCUAUUACCAUGGCAACUUCUCCCUCAAUGCAGCCUUCGAGAUCAAGCUGCACUGGAUGGCAGCCACAGCCGCGGUCCUCUUCGAGAUGGUACAGGGCUGGCAUAGGAAGGCAGCAUCUUGUGGCUUCCUGCUGGUACCUGCCCUAGAGGUGCCCUUUGCCCUGCCUUCGUACCUGUAUGGUGACCCUUUGCGUGCCCAGCUCUUCAUCCCUCUGCAUAUCAACUGCUUGCUGAGGGAAGGCAGUGACAACCUGUUUGAAGGAUUUGAACCAGAAACCUACUGGGACAGAAUGCAGCUUUUCCAGGAGGCAAUUCUUUACAGGUUUGGUUUUGUCCAGGAUAAGUUCUCAGCCUCUGCUUUUAACUUCCCAUCAGAGAAUAAGCCACAGUACAUCCACGUCACAGGCACAGUCUUCCUCCAGCUGCCCUACUCCAAAAGGAAGUACUCCAGUGGGCAGCAGCGGAGACGCAGGAACUCCACGACCUCGGCCACACAAAGCUUGUUUGGUGCCGAAGAGCGGGUGGGCUACAACUGGGCCUACAACACAAUGCUGACCAAAGCGUGGCGCACAGGGGUGCUGGGAGACGAGCGGCUGGCUGACCGCCUGCUGCGUGACUUCACUGACUUCUGUGCCAACAAGGACAACCGGCUGGUGGCGUUCUGGGAGAGUUGCGUGGAGAAGAUGAAUGCCAGUGCUCCUUAACGGAGAAAGCCGACUGACCGAAGGACACUUCCUGUACAGAGGUCAAAGAGCGGAGAACAGGCUUUUUAUGCCUCACACUGGACCCCUGUAUUUUGUACAGUAUAAAUAAAUACUUAUCCA